UGUAAUGUGGCAUAAAAUUCAAAGAAUUUUAUUAUUGUGGGAUAUACAUAUAUUCAAACAAGAUGCAUUCAAAAUAUAAGCUAACAUGUGUACAUACCCCCAAAUUUUUAAAUUAAAACAGCAUUAACACUCGAUCAAAAUAUCCGUACAUAGAUAGAUACAUCCAAAUAUUAUGGAAAAUGUCAUGAUAUUGUCAAACCUUCCUUUUAUUUUACUAACUUUAGCUCUUUUUUUUUUAUAGAAAAGCUACAAAGCAAAUAUUCCAAGCUAAAGUAUCAGUUUCAGCGGAAUAUGAAAAAAAUUAAACAUCUUAAAAGUGGUUCUGGCUGUGAAAGCAUCACUGUGCUAUGGAUGCAUUUUAAUGCUCUUCAAUUCCUUGAUGGAGUUGACGAGGCAGACGACAGCUUCUCUACUUUGGAUGGUGAUAAUAAUAAAUCGACCCAGAACGAGCUGACCUUCAUACAUAAUAAAGAUGAAUCCAUUUCACAUUCUGCCGGGAUUGAUCCUGAUGUGAGCUUCAUUUCAAUGGAAUGUUUUGAGGAUGACGAGAGAAUUCCGGAAGAGUGGAGGGAUUUUGCAGAGGAACCAGAACCCUCAUCGUGUGAAGUUUCUUCUCCAAAAACAAACCUGCCAGAACCUCCAAUUGAUUCAACACAGAAGUUCAACACUGGUGAAACUUCUACAGGAGAAAAUCACCAGGGCGUUUAUAAGCGAGCAGCUUAUAAACGCAAAAGAAAAUCAACUACAACUUCCGGUGAUGAUUUUCUUGAAGAAGCUGUAAAAGCAUUGAAAAAAAUUCCUCCUAAGCAGGACGAUUCCAUGGAGGACGCUUGCGGGAAGUACAUUGCCCACAUUCUUAAAUCAAUUCCUGAUUUGGAAAAGCGACAGAAAGCACAAAAAAAACUCAUNAAACCAAUAUUCUGCAAAUGA